AUGCGUCAAGAGAUUGAGGUCACACCGAAAACACCAAUGCCAAAGGCGUACGGAUUCCUUCCGAAAGGCGACCGGUACAAGACACUCCACUGCCGCAAACUCACUCAUGAAGAAGGUCGCUCGUUAUAUAUCGUUGUCGACAAGAAACAAACUACGGGUAUACGUGUGCCCUUGAAUAUCUUGCACAAAGUCCAUACUCAGGCGAAACGAACGCUCCCUACGCGUCGCGCUGCAACCGCACAGCGCGAUGCCACUGAUAUUGCUAGAGCAGCAGCCGAAAUAGACUCCCAGUUUUCGAAGAUGCCGGCGGCAGAAAAGGAAACAAUACUUAAGCAUGGCUUCAGGAAACAUUCCGGUAGAGUCGGUCGAACAAGCUCGAUGUCAUUACCACGGAAAGUUUUACUAGCUGUAAUUGCGCAUGUGCGUCACAGACACACCGAGUAUGAUACCUUGUUGAAGGGCGGAAAGAGUAGGGAGGCUGCAAGGAAAACUACGAGAAAGAAGAUUGAAACGGUUAUGCACAGAUGGGGAUAUACCAAAAAUCUAUCUUGGUAUUUCUGUACAGAAAGGAGAUCGCCCUCUGAAGGUUUAGACUGA